AUGAAGGCUUCCGCUACCCUCUUGGCCGCCGCGGCACUCCUGUGCCAGGGCGUCGCCGCUCUCCCGUGCCAGGACCCCUCCGCCGGAUGCGGUGUCGCUGUGGCCGGCACCAAGGUCUCCCGCGCCGACGCCACCCCCUCCGCCUUCCCCGGCGCCGAGGGCAUGGGCCGCAUGUCCGUCGGCGGCCGGACCGGUAAGGUCUACAAGGUGACCAACCUCAACGACUCCGGUACGGGCUCCCUCCGCGACGCCGUCUCGCAGCCCAACCGCAUCGUCGUCUUCGACGUCGGCGGCGUCAUCAACAUCAAGGCCCGCAUCGUCGUCUCCAAGAACAUCUACAUCGCGGGCCAGACCGCCCCCGGCGGUGGCAUCACCGUCUACGGCAACGGCUUCUCCUGGUCCAACGCCAACGACGCCAUCGUGCGCUACAUCCGCAUCCGCAUGGGCAAGGGCGGCGACAGCGGCAAGGACGCCAUCACCAUCGCCGACGGCAAGAACAUGAUCUUCGACCACGUCUCCGUCUCCUGGGGCCGCGACGAGACCUUCUCCAUCAACGGCGACGUCUCCAACGUCACCAUCAGCGACACCAUCAUCGCCCAGGGCCUCGAGACCCACUCCUGCGGCGGCCUCAUGCAGACCGACGGCGGCAUCUCGCUCUUCCGCAACUUUUACGUCGACAACAAGACCCGCAACCCCAAGGUCAAGGGGCGUAACGACUUCCAGAACAACGUCGUGUACAACUGGGGCGGAGGCGGCGGCUACAUCGCAGGCGACAGCGACGGCGCGAGCUACGCCAACAUCGUCAACAACUACUUCAUCUCCGGCCCCUCCACGAGCGUCACGGCCUUCACCCGCGGCAACGCCAACUUCCGCGGCUACGUAAAGGACAACUUCUACGACUCCAACCGCGACGGCGUCCUCAACGGCGCCGCCCUCUGCGUCUCCACCACCUGCUACUCCGGCAUGGCCAUCCAGACCGCCCCCUUCGACUACCCGGGCCCGGCCAAGCAGCUGACCCCGGCCGCCGCCGUCACCCACGUCAUGGCCAAGGUCGGCGCCUCCCUCAAGCGCGACGCCGUCGACGCCGCGCUCGUCAAGCAGGUCGCGUCCUACGGCAAGGAGGGCGCCCUCAUCAGCGACCCGGCGACCAUGGGCGGCCCGGGCACCAUCGAGGCCGGCGCGGCGAAGAAGGAUACCGACGGCGACGGCAUCCCCGACGAGUACGAGUCCGCGAACGGGCUGAACCCGAACGAUGCCGCGGAUGGGAUGAAGAUCGGUGCGGGCGGGUACGCCAACCUUGAGAUCUACGUCAACUCGCUCGUCCCGGCUGUGUACUGA